AUGUCGGCGCAGAUCACGUUGCCUAACCGGGAGCCAGUUGCACACGUGCAAGGCCUGCGGGAACGUGUACAUGUAUUACAGCUCGUUAACCAGGCACAUCAGGGAAGAAUGCGGCCAGGCGCCGAAGCAUCAGUGCCCGUAUUGUCCGAAGAGGACCAAGUUGCGUUGCAACUUACUGAAACACAUGCGAAAAAAGCACGGUUGAAGAGGAUACAACCGCCGCUGACCACACGAUUUUUCGCAGAUUUCCGGCUGCAUCAUUUGGCAAGGACGACCGGGAAGCCGCGGCGAAUGUACCCGUGCGUCAAGUGCCACAAGAUCUACUCGAACGCGUCCUCCUUGUACCGCCACUUGAAGCUCGAAUGCGGCAUGCUGCCGCAGUUCCACUGUCCGUACUGCCGAUUCAGCUCGAAGAGGAAGUUCAAUCUGGACUCCCACGUCGCCCACAAGCACCGCAAGCUGCUACAAUGUUACAUAAACAAAUAG